GAACAGGGGAGGCCGAGGAUUUGCCUGUAACUCCCUCCUGUGUCCUUGUCACCUCCAGGCCCCAGUGAACUCCUCGUGCCAAGGGCUCACGUGCGUUUUCAAGGGUUACUCAACCACGGGCCUAGCCCAACGUUCUCUCUUCAACCUACAAAUCUAUGGAGUCCUGGGGCUCUUCUGGACUGUUAACUGGGUACUGGCCCUGGGUCAGUGUGUCCUUGCCGGGGCCUUUGCCUCCUUCUACUGGGCCUUUCACAAGCCUCGAGACAUCCCCACCUUCCCCUUGAGCUCAGCCUUCAUCCGCACACUUCGUUACCACACUGGCUCCCUGGCAUUUGGAGCCCUCAUCCUGACCCUUGUGCAGAUAGCCCGGGUUAUCCUGGAAUACAUCGACCACAAGCUAAGAGGAUCCCAGAAUCCUGUGGCCCGCUGCAUCAUCUGCUGCUUCAAGUGUUGCCUCUGGUGUCUGGAGAAGUUCAUUAAGUUCCUGAACCGUAAUGCUUACAUCAUGAUCGCCAUCUACGGGAAGAAUUUUUGUGUCUCGGCCAAAAAUGCCUUCAUGCUGCUCAUGAGGAAUGUCCUCAGGGUGGUCGUCCUGGAUAAAGUCACUGACUUGCUGCUCUUCUUUGGGAAGCUUCUGGUGGUUGGAGGUGUCGGCGUCCUGUCCUUUUUCUUUUUCUCCGGUCGUAUCAAGGGGACAUUUGAAAACCCCGACCUCAACUAUUAUUGGCUGCCCAUCAUGACCUCCAUCAUGGGAGCCUACGUCAUUGCCAGUGGCUUCUUCAGCGUCUUUGGGAUGUGUGUAGACACGCUCUUCCUCUGCUUCCUCGAAGACCUGGAGAGAAAUGACGGUUCCCAGCAACGGCCAUACUAUAUGCCCAAGGGACUCAUGAAGAUCCUGGGCAAGAAGAACGAGGCACCCACGGGGGCAAAGAACAGGAAGAAGUGAGACACUCAUCGUGACCCACCACCGCAGCCCUCCUGUACAGAAGCCCUGCCACCGAUGCCUUGAGAAUCACCGUUUUGUAGAAAACAGAUUUUAUUAAAGAUUAAUGUUUUAUAUUCUUGA